AUGGAAUUACUGAAACCCAUGCCGAAGAGUAAGAUCGACGAGAUGAUCGACAACGUCAUGGAGGAGUGCGAGGGCAUGUUUGACUACGUACUUGGCUUCGAUGUUCACGACGACAUGUCAGACGCUGCAGACUCCGAGUAUGAAGAGUCUGAUGCCGACGACAUCGACGACGUAGUCUCGCCCGCUUCUCCCAUGUUUCAGAGACCAGGCGAGUCAUCAUCUCCCACUUCGUCUUCCUCCUCUCCCCAAUCAGCCGUCCUCGGUUCUCCAGCGAAGUGCCACACAGUCGCCGGAGAAUCCAACAGAGCUGGCGGAACACCAAGAGCCGCUACAAACGCACGAGCGGGAAGGUCGUCCAAUUCUUCGAAUGCGCAGCGUAAGCGCAAGGCACAAGGUUCAGACCAGCAAGAGGAGAACGACGAUGACGGCGACGGCAACAGUGAGCGGAAGAAGCAAAAGAAGGACUCGGAAGAAGAGAACAAAGGAUUGAGUCAGCAGGAACUCAACACCCAUCAUCUUGCUGCUGAAAGAUGCCCAGAUGUUCUCAACAAACCAGUCAUUGACGGCAUCACCGACGACCAGGCAAAGCAACUUCGAUCCAGAAGGGUCAAAGAAGGCGUGAAAACGGAGGAGGCUAAGUGGACCAACGUGUAUUUCAUCCUCUUUCCCGACGACAGGGAAGCUCCGUCCCCAUACUGCGUCAGCAAUCAGGACACAGCCAGCCUCUCGCCCGAGUCCAUCAUGUUCCAAGACUUCGAGGACUACAGCCGGCGCGAGUUCCCGGCGCUCUUCCGUGCCGAACUCAAGAGGGAUGCUGAGGAGGAGGAAGCGCUCAUGCAGGAGCGCUUCCGACGCAAAAUGGUCGACGCCGCCCGGCGCGCGACCGAGAGGCUCUAUACCGAAUACCGCCGCAACCGCCUGCAGGCCGACACUAACAGCUCCGGCGGCGCCGGUCCAUCACAACGGAUGCAAGCCUCUGUCUCGGGGCAAAUGGAGUUUCUCGCCCCGCCUCCUCCCCAGUCCGACGCCAUCCAGGACGUGCGAGCUACGGUACCUCGAGGAGGCGGUAGUCGUGGUGGCCCCUCUGCCCAGGCGGAUGCCUCCUCGGACUCGGCGUACGAGACCUUGCUCUCGGAAUCCAAUCAUGCGUACCUGACGGCGCGGCUUCCUUCAACAGCAGCGCCGGGCGAUCUAACUCAAGAUCAGUCGAGAUUCGGUGAUCCUGGCCUCCACCUGAAUGCCAUGAUUGGAGGACAGCCUUUGUCUGAGGGCUCUAACAACCCGAUUGACGACCCCAGAAUCAUGCAGAUACAGCAGCAACCUGAGUGGUACUUCGAUUUCUUGAAAGAUCAGAACAUGUAUACCGACGCCUAUUCUGAGGACCCUUCUCUGCAAGCUCCUUUUUCUGGUAAUUCUCCCAUGGGCGGAGAUCCCACAAAUAGGAACGGCUGA